CCUCACGAGGUACUAACCAUGGCGGCAACUGCCUCAGCUGCUGGAACUACGUAUCGAGCUGUUAGUGACAGAGGUCGCCCUCUGUCAACAGUGCAACUCAUCAGCCCGGACAAAACUGGCCAAGAUGGCGAAGAGGAGGCGGAUGACGAAAAGCGAAACAAAAAGCGAUCCAGUGAAAAUUUCGUCGGGAAAUUUAGCGUCCAUCACAACGACACUGGAAUCGAAAACGAAGGCUUUGAUCUCGGUUCUCCCCUCGCCGUUGACAACAGGCAGUCGAAAAUCUCGUAUCGCGAUUUCAAACUCUGCGGCGACAACUGCAGGAAUCGGUCACCGGUCGACAACAAUCAGGAACAGAAACGACCCGACGCUAUUAUCAGGGAGUCGCUUCACAUUUCUAACGGAAAUGUUCAAAGGUCGGAGGAACUGCGAAGGUCGCUGACCGUUUCUAUGGAGAACUGCGACUUCGGAACAGCUGAACAACGGAACAGGAAAUCAGGGGCGCACACGGACGCCCCAGAAACACUGAAAAGGCAUAUGGAGACGCCUGUUAGGUCCAGCUGGUUACUUGAUGGUAACGUUAGGCGGAGAGACGACGCCGUCUGGAGGCGACGAAAGACAGAUCCUUCCGGCGACGUAUGUACCAGUAGUAAUUAUUCGUACCACCGCGACUACCAAGAGGCGCUGUCGUCGCUACUCUGGGAACCAUAUGAUUGCCGACAACCAGAAAAUUCUGCCCCACAGCACUCAGCAUUUGGGAGCGGAUGUGCAGUUGACGAAGGCGACGUUUCAGUGUGGUUAUAUCCUCGUGUAAUGAGGACAGCACACUUAUCAUCUUCAUCAUCAUCAACGUUGUCUAUAUCAUCAUAUUCUUCAUCGGCUUUGGUCAGCGCCAUGGGUACUUCCGGUGAUGGACAUUUGUGGAACAGGGACGCCAGGGACCCUUCAAGCUCGUCCCUGAGGGCUCUCAUUCUGUCCAACAGUAGCAGUAAAGACGAAGAUUUGACAACGUCGUUACCGUGCAGUAACAAUGCUUUGAAGCUAAGCGAAUUGCGGUCAGAACCGGUAGAUGUCAGCUCCAGCUGUGGCAGUAAUACAAUUGGCAACGUCACGGCCGACCCAAAUCAACAUGAAGACGAAGAAGGAUCUCGUAGGGAGGAUGCGGUUGCUGACCUCCAUACGCGCUGGGCUGUAGCGGGUCCACCAGGAGCGCUGCAGUCGCCGGACCGCUGCGAGUUGUGCUGGCAGGCUUGCAGUCAGUGCGAGUCGAGUGCGGCCACGAUGUUGGUGAAUGUGGCUGGCGCGGAUGGGCCUCCCAGUGUUAGUGCUAGUGGUAGUGGUGCAGUGACGAGUAGUAGUAGUGUCAGUGUCGUGAGUUGUUACCGCGCAGUGCCAGUUGUAGUGUCUGCAGUGCCAACAAUAUCUUGCCUCAACGUGUCACAUGUCAACGUCGAGGCGGGUGUCAGUGCUGCCAGGGGCAGGACUUUCACGUCCACAGAGGCCCAGACGGACGACAUAGGGGUGGCGCCCGCGACACCCCUCAACAACAACAGGGAACAGAGGCGUCGCGAGCGCCGGGAAAGGCGCCACCAGCGACGCGCCAACAACAGUAACCCUCCUCAACACGAAACACAUUGGCAGACUUUAGUGGCGGAGCCACCCCCAGCAGCUGGCGGAGGGGAGAGAUUGCCAGAUAUACUGAACUCGCAUCUCCCUCCUCCGUAUUCCACCCUGCCUCUCGGACUCCCGCCUCCGGGACAUGUGGUGCAUCACCCGCCUCCACCACCCCCAGUACCUGUACCGGUGCCUGUCACGACGGCUGCCCCCGGAUCGCCGCCGCCACCCCCGCACCAUCACCACCACGGAGGCAUGAGGUUUCCCUUCCAGAUCACCCCCGGAGAGAGAAGAAGGUCUCGGAGGUCCCCGCGCGGGCAGCACUACACGCCUGAGGAGGAGCCCAAGUCCUGCUGUGGUGUAGUGGUGACGCAGGCGGUCUCCAUCCGUUGGUUCAUCGUCGUGAUCGCCGUCGUCGGCAUCUGCUGCGCGGUCGUGGGCACCGUGCUGGGGGCCAUGAAGGCGAGUGGACGGGAGCACCUCACGGUCUCGCUCCUGCUGAUCGGAGUUGGCAUUGUACUGAUCACCGUGAGCGGGGUGGCGUGGAGGCUAACAGCACACGAUGCCCCCUCCUGCCGUAUGAUGCUUGGACUUGGGGGCGGUGACGAAGGUGGGGCUGAGCCCAACAGAAGAUUCGUCCCGCGACUGCCGCCAUCUUAUGGACGUCCCCACCACCCUUACGCGGCAAUGAUGUACCCAGAGUUCCAGUACCGCCCGCCACCACCUUCAUACCAAGCCUCCAUGCAGGAGUACCGGCUGAGACUACUCCUGCUAGAUCGGCAUCCUGGUAGUGUCGCACCGGGGCAGGCCCCUGGUGGUCACGCUGUGUCCCCACCGCCAACAUACCGUUCUCAUGCAGGCAGCACACUCAGGGCUCCCCUUGGUGUGAGGAGAGAUCAGCCUCAGUCAGACUACAGUCGACCCCCGAGCUAUCGAUCUCGGACAAGCUCAACUCGCCCCACGCUGGACCCCAAUGGUAACACAGGAUGCACCACUGCAGAGCACAGCCGAGACCCAUCUUUAAGUCUGAGUGACUCUGGUGGAGGGAGUGGAGUGGUGAAUGUGAUAAGUGUUAUGGGCAGUGGUGAGCUCGAGCCUGAACAUCUAGACACCAUCAAGUUGGCAGGCCUACCUGCCGAUCAGGACGUCCCUCUAAGGAUGAUGUUGAAUAAAGGAAAUUGCCAUAACAAUAUGGACAGUGAUGGAAAGGAAGGAAACCUAGUGACGAUUGUUCAGACUGGUAAUGACUCCAGUCCAGUUAUUGUGACAGUGUCAGGUUCCACAGUAGGUGGCAGCACUAGUCAGCAGCCUGCCACAGGUAUUGUUGAUACAGAGAUGGAGAUAUUGGCACACCUGUGAUGAUUAUUUGUUUAUGUUUUGCACCCAGCCUGUGGCCAAUGGUCCAUGUUUUUUAUCCAUGUAGUGGAUUUUAGUUAUUGAUGAAAAGUUAUGGCUGGCCAUACACUCUGGCACAGAAUAGCACAUUACAAUGGAUUCUGUAUGAAACAUUCAAUUAUAGGCUCAAAACUUAAUCUCAUUUUGUAUAUUCAUCAUACACCACUAAUGAAAAACGCAGGUAUUAUCAAUUUUAAAUAAUUUUGGAGAUGUACAAGACAUGAGGACUUCUCUCAAAGUUGAUCUUUCAGAUAAUGUAUAACAUGUAAAUGGAGAAGUAGAGCACCCUUCCUUUAUCUGGGCUAUGGUCAUCUUCCCUGUCAUUAUCACAGUAUGUAGUGGCUAAAACUGAAGGAGCAACACUCAAAUUAAGGAUUUAAAGUUUUCUCAAAUAAUAAAAAACAAUUGGGAAUGAGGAUUCAAAUCACAAUCACCACAAUACUUGCGCAUAACAUUACCAGCCAUGGCUACUACAUAUAUCACUAAAAUACAAAAUAAAUUUCAUGAUAACUUUGGGUGUUCUCUGUUAUGCCUAGGGUAGGAAACAGGAAGUUACAUUCUUUUAAGUAUUUUACUAGAAGUUCAGCAUCUCAGCACCCAUGAAUGCCAACCUCAUAAAGUGUGAAAAGUUUAAUUUGCCUCUUUUUAAAUUUGUGUUUAUUACUGUAAAUUAGAAGAGGACUGCCUGGCCUCCAUGCUGGUAUUACAGAAAGAGAGAGUAUACAUUGGCCGGUGAAUGAAAAAUUUGCCAGAAAGCCCCUUGUUGUUGUCGUGGAUUUGCAGGAAUUGCAUUCCCCAGCAACAUGAAAAAUUUGUUAAAACCAUGAAUCAUUAUGUUUGUGGGUUUUCUUUGAGAAACUUGUUUGAAAGAAAGAUAGUUAUGCAUAUUUUGAGCUGCACAGUGCAGUUAUACCGCAGAUGUACCUAGGGUACUUGAUGAAUGCAUGACCAUGUGUUCCAAGGUGUUAGGUUUUAGUUACAUCUGUGGAGAAUCUUAGAACACAGUGUUUGUAGAAACAAUGCAGCCAUUUUGGAGACUAUUAACAAUUAACAUUUAUGGCUGUGUGUACUGCAUUACCUGUUUGCAGAUGUGGAAGUGAAUCUUGAACAACUAAAGCAGGAGACAUAAACGGAAGACAAGUGACAGAGACACUUAAAAACACUUAAAGGCUAUGUUAGACAAGACCACAUUACGAAUGAAGAUAUGAGGAAAACCCUGAAAUAUUAUCACCACAACAUAAAAUAGACGAACACAGACGAAACUAGUUAAACCAUAUGCACAAAAUGACUGGCAAAAAAAAAAAGCGCACAUUCUACAGUGUGAACCAGAGUGAUGCCAAGACUGACGAAUGCCUUGGUAAAGAUGGAAUUGAUAUGUUGGAAGAGACCUGAGUCUUGUGACAUGAAGUGAACAAGAAAAAAGAUAUGAUUUUAAAAUUAAGAAUAAAAUCUUUUGGGUUAUAAACUUCAUAGUGCCCAACAGGAAUUUGAUUUAUUUUUACAGCCUUCAUACAUAACUUGCUCAAAAUAUGUAGCAAGUUAUGUAUUCUGAUAUUCUGUUUUUUCUCGUUCUCUUUACCUCCUCCUCCCUCUCCUCACUCUCCUUCUGUUCUGAUAUUUCCGCCUCAUGCUGAUCACUUAGCGACCCAGCCUCUCCAUCUGUCUCUAUCUUUCCUAAGCUCCUCUUCCUCAGUUUCCUGUCAUGUUGUUCCUUCCUUCAAGUAACAGCUUUCCUACUUAUUGUUCCCAUCUUGAUCUUGGUCUGGACAUGUUCAUUUUGACUAUAAUGACCAAUAAUAUAGUCCUAACAAACUGCACUUUCUUAUUAAUGCCUGACAGCUUCAGUAAUACUGGCAGGAAGGUCAUAGUUUUUUCCUGUGGAAAGUCCUUUGCAUUUAUAUUUACAUAAGUUCAGUACAUAAAAUAUAUUUUGUUUGUAUUUUAGCCUAUGGGCUACACAAGUUGGUAUGACUGCAGCAGUUUGCAGUUGACACAAGAUGUAAAUGUUCAGUGUUUAUAUAUGAGGGGCGUUCAAGUUCUAAGGUCUCCGAUUUUUUUUCUCAGGACUGGGAGCAGAUAGACACAUGCGGUUUAGU